AUGGCCCGCUGCCCUGCUGCUGGUGAACACCACGCUCCCUACUGCUCAAAAGUCCCUCACCACCCACGGGUGCACACGUCUGCCAGUCCUUUUGAUUGUGUGACCUCCAACUCGGAUGCUCCCGUGUGCACCGGCUCUGUGGUUUUGCCUCCGCUUUCGACCGUGUCAAUGGAGGAAUAUGUCCAGGCCAUAGAGCACAUGAAGAGGCUGAGGCAAGAGGUCAAGCGCUUUGAGACCCUAGAGCAAGAUCUUAAGCAGGAGUUGUACAGGGAGAGGAUGGCACGGGAGGAGCUUGUCAGGACGAACAGAGCAAUCCAGGCACGCAUGUACCAAAACAUGCAGCUCCUGAAGAUUUCUAUAGAUGACAAGGUGGAGGCUGUGGUGGACAGAACGACCGAGCUCAGCGACCAGCUUAAGGUGCAAGGCGAGCGCUUGACCAUGGUGGAUGAGUUCAGCAUGGAGCUCGAGAACAGGGUCGACCGUGUGGAGCAGCUUAGUGGCAUGUCGAAAGACGUGACACCCGCUGCCUCAACGCCAAAGGCACACCAAUCAUCACCAAUAGCACCACCUGUUCCACAACUUCCGCUACUAAUGCAACCGCAACACCCCCUUGGCCAGCUUCCCAUUCGCACCGAUAAGAAGUAUGCUUCAUCUUGGGGCGUGCGCGUUAUUUUCGUGCCCCGAAAAUCACAGAGGUUCGCAUACGAUCCUGAUAGCACUGGCUACCGACGAUGCGCAUCCCGCAAACUUCAGCAAAAUCUCGAGUUUCCAAGUCAGGACAGCUCGGUGUUUGCAAACCAGAUCGAAACUGCGUUCAAAUUCCUCUUUCGUGGCAGACCAUGGAUGCCGAUGACGGGUCAUCGCCCGUCUGACGAACCUUUUGGUCGCAUGGCCCUAACCCUUCUGCCGCCAGAUCUUAUCCAUCGCGACAUAUGGGACUAUCCCUUCCUUGAAGAUCACUGCAUCGCGCACGACAAGAUGCAAGGGGAUAUUCUCUACGUCACCCUACAAUACGAAGACGUCUCAUGGAAGGAGAUCCGAUUUCUACCAGCUUUGACUGGCGUUGAUGAAUCUUGCUGGAAUCAAGACGAAGAGCUCGACAGCACCGCCGAGUACAAGAGCUUGGAUUCAGAGAUUAUGUACGAUUACCAGGAUCCUCCUCCUACCUAUUCAUCUCGAACUCACUCGGUGGCGGAUAGGGCGCCCUCGAAACUGGAUGUCCUUGCCGACUCGGCUGCUAUGCUGAGCCCUAUCGAACGCGCCCAAACCGCCUCGUCAUCUCACUCCACUCGGUUGAGCCCAUUACAGCAUACACUGACGCAAUCGUCAAGUUUGUCAAGUCACCCUCGAUUCUCUUCCGAGCGGAGCAGUCUGCGCAGUUUUGAAACCGAAACAACAGAUGAUGAGCACCGCGACAAGAAACCUAAGCUCAGAUCUAAACAAAGCAUGCCCACUAUUAACGGUAGCGGUCAGGCGCAGCAGCCAAUGUACAUCUCGGGUCGGUCAAAGCGAAAGAUGCCCGUAAGAGAGAAGGGCACCAAGGAGCCGCUACACUUUAAUGUCACGAACGUGGCCAAGUGGCGACCGAAUCUGCUGCACCCUCAUUCGUCCAAGGGGAAGGAAGCAGCGCAAAAUCCAUGA